UCAUAUGCCUUUAAUUGGCAUUGUUUGAUACAUAUGGCAAAAUUAACUCGUAUAGUAAAGAAAAUUUUAUUGAAGGAUGGGUCGGAUCGUGAUGUUCGCAAAUCAGAGCCUUCAUCCGCGCCUUCUGUGGAGUCCAUCGCUACUCACCGGCUACCACAGCCUAUGGUCGACUUCAGUAAUCUGCCUAGUAUAGACGAUACGGAACUAAGACAACGUGCUGUUGAGAGGGCCCGUGUUAAAUCACUAACCAAGGUCAGCUGCAAGGGAUCUACUAUCGCAAAGAAGUCUGCUGCAACCACUGAAUUCAAAAAGAAUGUCAUUGCACCGAAGGUUAAAGGCAGGGCAGCUACCUCGGUGGCGCCUCCCAGUUCUGAUAAGCCCAUCGCAAGUGCUACCUCUGGAUCUAGUCUGGAUUUGGCUAAGGAGGCCAUAAGUACUAAACCUAAGGUUGCCACUGGCAAAUCUAAGCCGCUAGGUACUACAGUGGAUACCAAGGUGAUCAAGCCGCAGUCACGAGGUAAACGUAAGCGUGAGGCUACAAAACAGAUGUGGCGUCGUAAGUAUGACUUCGCUAACGAGGCUAAGCGCCUAGUGGAAUCCUUCCAUCAGGAAGAUCAGCAUGGAGUUGCUCUUGGUAACGUUUCAGGGUUGAAGAACGAGCUUGAAUCCAUUGAGGAGAUGUUGAACCGUGCUGUUCCUGCCCCUCGGGUGGUUCAGAAACCCAGUACCAAGCGUAUGAUUCGUGCUAAGUUGCGUAAUAAGGCAUUGCUCCAAGCAGCCUUGAACAGUGCUUAAAUGUAUAGUAUAACAAGGAUGUGUAUGAUAGCU